AUGUCAGAACAACACUUAGAGAUCGGGCAGCACCGGGAAUGGAUAGACAAGUUCAGGAGUAAGGUUUCUCGGUAUGGAAGAGCAGCUGAUCUUGCACCAACCAUUGAAUGCGGAAGCCCCUCUUUUCACGACAUAAACGAAAGGAGAAGCUCAGGGGCAGAGGAGACGGAGCAGCGCCUUUCAGAUCCGCGCCAGGCCGACAAGUAUGAGAUAGAUGCUCUCAAAUGCGCAAUUGAAUCCGAGUGGUGGCGAACAGACAAAGCUAUCUGGGACCCAUCGAUGAUAUUUGAUUGCCCCGGCUCUGACUUCACCAUAGAAGGGAAGGAAAAGAGGCUAGUUCGUGGCUUUUAG